CCAGCCCCUCUUCCCCUUCUCUCUUAUGUGACCAGAGCCGAGACCUCCCCUGCGAUCUUUUCUUCUUCCACGAAGCAAACUUCGACUGCGACCCACCACCACCACCGCACCACACCGGCGACCGCCGCACCACCGGCGUCCAUCCAGACCGACCAACCUCACCCUUCUCUCUCCUCUCUUCACUCAAGAUGCCGCCAUGACAGAAGCACACUAGAGGUGUGGGUGCUAGCUCCAGCAGGGCUAAUACUGGCCGUUACCAACCACGAAUCCCACUACUAUGAGAUAAGCUGAAAUACCAAGAGCUGCUUCCCAAGACCAUGGGUUCUUUUUCUACCCUGACGAGGGCACUCUCGCGGAGGCUAGGAUAAGGGAGGAAGUGAUGCAACUUCUGGGCAGAGGAUGGUGGAGGCAUUUAUUCUUUGGGAUUCGAGACCCCACCUACAGGGAGAUCACGUGUGAGGUUCUGGCCACCUUCAAGAUGCCUAAGGAGAUUGUCAUUACAGAUAACCACAGGCCCGUGAUCAAGUUCCGGGCAUUUGAGGAGGACCACGCCAUUUCUAUGGCGGAGAUGCAUUAUCACCUGGGCUUUACUCGCAUCGAGGACGAUGGCCAGCACGAGGCCAUUUUCACAGACUUACCCCCCAACGUCAAUCGCCAAACCUUUUGGGAGUCCAUUACUAUCGGGGGCGGGGAGUACAAGCCCAAGAUGUCCCUGACGUGCACUUUGUCGUAUGUGCACUCAAAGUAAUAAUACAAUACAACAAAUAUAUGUAGUAUAUUGAAGUAAGGUUCGUAUACACAGGGAAAGGAACACUUCUCUUUUUAUCGAGAUAAAUAAAUAACAAAGGGGGGUUUUAGAUUUGAUUUGAAUUAAUUUAAACACGAAGAUGAAUAACUUAUGUGGUUUAAUUAAUGAGAAGAAGACUUGGCUUUGCUAUUAUCCACUUAAUGAAAUGUUCGUCGAUCCCGG